AUGCCUGAGUUAAAACUGGCUCGAAGGAAAUCCAUGACUCUUGUCAGCGAUUUGACAAUGGCAGCCACAAAAAGAGCCAACUGUGUGCCUUCAGCACUUGUUGCCAGACAAUCUCUCAAUGAUGAAGAACUGAAAAUGCAUGUCUACAAGAAAACGCUGCAAGCCCUCAUCUACCCAAUCUCGAGUACGACACCUCACAAUUUCAUCGUAUGGACGGCAACGUCACCGACUUACUGUUUUGAAUGUGAGGGGUUGUUGUGGGGUCUUGCCAGGCAGGGAGUCAGGUGCACCGAAUGUGGGGUGAAGACCCAUGAAAAGUGCAAGGAUCUGUUAAACGCUGACUGUCUGCAAAGAGCUGCCGAGAAGAGUUGUAAGCAAGGAACAGACGACAAGACAAACAACAUCAUAAUGGCAAUGAAGGAUCGUAUGAAAAUUAGAGAACAUAAUAAACCUGAAAUAUUCAAUCUUAUCAUGAACGUUUUCAACAUUGACAAAAAAUCUCACGGCGGUCACAUGAAAUCAGUGAAGCAAUCGGUGCUUGACGGUACCUCCAAGUGGUCUGCCAAACUUGCAAUAACUGUGAUAUGUGCUCAAGGAUUGAUUGGCAAAGACAAGACAGGAACUAGCGACCCCUACGUAACUGUCCAAGUUGGAAAGGUCAAGAAAAGAACAAAAACCGUUCCCCAAGAUCUCAAUCCCGAGUGGAAUGAAAAGUUUUAUUUCGAAUGCCACAAUUCUUCUGAUAGAAUAAAAGUUCGUGUUUGGGAUGAAGACGACGACCUGAAAGCUAAAUUAAGGUCAAAGUUCACGAGGGAGUCAGAUGAUUUUUUGGGUCAGACCAUCAUUGAGGUUCGAACACUCAGUGGAGAGAUGGAUGUCUGGUAUAAUUUAGAGAAGAGGACAGAUAAGUCUGCAGUGUCGGGAGCCAUAAGGAUGCACAUAAGUGUCGAGAUCAAGGGGGAGGAAAAGGUGGCUCCCUACCACAUCCAGUACACAUGCCUCCAUGAAAAUCUCUUCCACUUCCUUUGCGAACAGGCUAAUGGUCAGGUCAAGUUGCCAGACGCUAAGGGGGAUGAAGCCUGGAAAAUUUACUUUGAAGAACCAGCGCAAGAAAUUAUUGACGAAUUUGCAAUGAGAUAUGGCAUUGAAUCCAUCUACCAAGCAAUGACGCAUUUUUCCUGCCUGUCAACCAAGUACAUGUGCCCUGGAGUACCAGCCGUUAUGAGUACCUUGCUGGCCAACAUCAAUGCCUUCUAUGCACACACCACUGCCACAACUGCUGUCUCUGCUAGUGAUAGAUUUGCUGCUUCCAAUUUCGGGAAAGAAAAAUUUGUGAAGUUGUUAGACCAGCUGCACAACUCCCUUCGGAUUGAUCUUUCCGUCUACAGGAAUACUUUCCCGGCAUCUGAUCCAGCUAGAUUACAGGAUCUCAAAUCGACUGUCGACCUCUUAACCAGUAUUACAUUCUUCAGGAUGAAGGUGCAGGAGCUUUCAAGUCCUCCACGAGCCAGCACCGUAGUGAAGGACUGUGUGAAGGCAUGCAUGAAGUCUACCUACCAGUUCCUCUUCGACAACUGCUACGAACUCUACCAGCGAGAAUUUCAAACUGACCACGAAAAUGUCGUGGAGGGCAGCGAGGGACCGAACAGUCCGAAGAGUUUGCAGUUCUGGCACAACCUGGUUGCUCUCAUUGUCUCCGUCAUUGAAGAAGAUAAGAACAGCUACACUCCUGUUCUUAAUCAAUUUCCGCAAGAGUUGAAUGUCGGCCAGAUGAGUUCGUCAAUGCAGUGGAGUCUCUUCUCUCAGGACAUCAAAUAUGCUCUUGAAGAACAUGAGAAGGAACGUUUGUGCAAGAGUUCCGAGUACAUGAACCUGCACUUCAAAGUUAAGUGGCUGUACAACAAGUAUGUUGCUGAUGUCACUCCAUACAAAGGCAGUGUACCCGAGUAUCCUCUAUGGUUUGAGUCGUUCGUGAUGCAGUGGUUGAAUGAGAAUGAUGACGUAUCCAUGGAUUAUCUACACGGCGCGUAUGAGAGAGAUAAAAAGGAUGGAUUUCUGAAAGCUUCGGAGCAUGCCUUGUUUUCCUGUUCCGUUACUGACGUCUUCACACAAUUGAACCAAUGUUUUGACGUCAUCAAGAAGCUUGAAUGUCCUCAUCCAGACGUUGUCAAGAGGUACAUGAAGAGAUUCUCCAAGACCAUUCAAAAAGUUUUGUUGGCCUAUGCAGAGUUAGUAAGGAGAGAUUUUGAGAAGUACACUCCGAAGCAUGAUGUUUCUUGCAUUAUGAUGAACAACAUCCAGCAAUUAAGAGUUCAACUUGAAAAGAUGUUCGAGGCAAUGGGCGGUGAAAAGUUGGAUGCAGAAGCUGCUACAGUUUUGAAUCAACUGCAGCAAAAACUCAACACAGUGCUUGAUGAUCUGAGUUCUAUAUUUGCUGCAAGCCUGAUAGGUCAGAUCAAGCAGAGCAUCCAGGAGCUUGGUAGUUUGAUGGCGAAGGUCAGUGGAUCGAACCAGGUCUCCCUCUCCCAACCAAGCCAGAGAAACAUCAUUCAGCAAGAGUCUGAUGCCAUCCUCAGACCUCUCAUGGACUUCCUUGAUGGAAGUUUGACAAAAUUUGCGCAAGUCUGUGAGAAAACAGUAUUAAAAAGACUUCUUAAGGAAUUAUGGAAGAUUGUGAUGACAACGUUAGAAAAGACUGUGGUACUCCCUCCACUCACUGACCCAAGACAGAUCUUUCCAUUGCCAAGUAACGCACAGGCGAAGAUAGAAGAUGUAUCUCGGGUGUUGUUAACAAAUGUCAGUCAACUGCCCGGCAAGAUGUCCACAUCCUUCUUGCAACAAGUCACAACUGGGUCUGGUCAACCCUUUGCCGAUAUCAGCAAGAAAUUGGCUGAUAUUUCAAAAGACAUGGAAGGGUCGAAAAUAACGAACAUGUCACCGAAACAGUGUGCAGUCCUGGACAUGGCACUCGACACCAUCAAGCAGUACUUCCACGCGGGAGGUAAUGGAUUGAAGAAAACAUUCCUCGACAAGAGUCCUGAGCUGUUGUCACUUCGUUAUGCACUGUCUCUCUACACACAGACAACUGAUUCCCUUAUUAAAACAUUCGUUCAAACACAAACCAGUCAAAUUACGAUAACGGAUAAGAACAUGGCGGGCGAUGAAUCUGUGGGUGAGGUAUCAAUCCAGGUGGAUCUCUUCACACACCCUGGCACUGGCGAACAUAAAGUCACCAUCAAAGUUGUGGCGGCAAAUGACAUAAAAUGGCAGACAACUAGCAUGUUCCGACCAUUCAUUGACGUCUACAUAGUUGGACCGCACCUAAACAACAAGAAGAGGAAGCAGUCAACGAAAUCAAAAAGUAACAACUGGUCCCCGACAUUCAAUGAGACAUUCCAGUUCAUAUUAGGCAACGAGGCGGAUCCAGACUGUUAUGAAGUGCACAUCUGCAUCAAGGACUACUGCUUCGCCAGGGAAGACAGACUGAUUGGAAUUGCAGUCCUCCAACUGAGAGACCUCGUGGAGAAGGGGAGUUGUGCCUGCUGGCUGCCACUUGCCAGAUGCAUCCACCUUGACGAGACUGGCUGGACGGUUCUCAGAAUUCUCUCGCAGAGGUCCAAUGAUGAAGUCGCCAAGGAGUUCGUCAAGUUGAAAUCAGAAUGCAGACACUCUGAAGAUGUUGAUGCCACAGCUGCUGCUGCCAGCGCUGCUACUGCUGCUGGGAGGUGA